CAUCCACAAGGUGACAGGGAGGCUGCCACUGCCACGAAUCAAUUGUAGCUGUGAGCUGUUACUGUGAUCAUUACAUUACCUAACCUAAUAUGAUUUAAGCUACCGGUCAUAGUGUAACACAGAUUUGGAAUUAAUAAUAUACUUCAUUUACGAGCGCAGUAGACAAUUAUCAAUUAAAAGUGACGUAUAGAAUAAAAAUGAAUCAGUUCAUAACCGUUUGCAUUUUAUUAGUUUGUGCAAUUUCCAGAAUUUCUGGCGAAACUUGCCAAAAGCCAGAAGUUGUUGCAUCUGCAUAUGUUACAAAAGAUGCUACAAUUUUAACAAACGUUGCGUUCACAACGCAAUUUGUGCUUAAGUGUAGCAAUGGUGUAAAAGGCAUUACAUUAUAUGCAGAAGUAGAAGGAAAAUCAUUACCAGCUGCUAGAUUAAGCUCUGACAAUAAAUAUCAGGUUUCUUGGACAGAAGAUGUAAAAAAGGCACGUUCUGGUGAUUAUAGAAUAAAUUUGUACGAUGAAGAAAGAUAUGCAGCUAUACGUAAAGCUAUUAGAAAUGGGGAAGAUCCCAGCACUGUGAAACCUUUAGUCGUGGUAGUACUUAAUAAUCCAGGAGUUUAUCUAGGACCAUGGGUUAAUUCAGAACUGCUUGCUGCUUUAUUAGCAGCUUUAGUCACUUAUUCUGCCUUUUCUGCUAAGUUCAAGCUCUUAGCUUGAACACUAUCAUGACAUAAUUUUUUAAAUAAAUUAUUAUAAAAAUUGAAUGUUUUAAUGAAUUAUUAAUAUAGUAACAUGGUUACCUUAUUAUGAUUUAUUGUCAUUUAGAUAUUCUUUCAAAUACACUUUUAUAAUAUAAUAA